GGUAAGGCUCGGUCUGCGCUCCAACCAAUCCAGACCACUAAAGCGCAUUUGCGCACUGAUCAAAGGGUGUGGAAAGGAGGACGGCUAAUUUGUGUAAACUUAAUCACCUGGAGUUGGGAGGCAAGGGAAAUGAACUACGAGCGAAAUCGGGAAGUUAAAAUGCAGUAAAGAGCAGAGAAUAUUCAUUUCAAUCGCAGUAAUGAUAGAAAGCAAUAUAUACACAAAUACAAAAAGUAUAAUGAACUGUACCCGAAUGAUUAAACAGGUUGUGCAUCUGGGUUGAAACAAACGUGGAUUUGUUUUUCUGUUUAUUUAACUUCUACUCAGUUUUCAGAGGCUGCACCAGUUUUUGACAGUUUUUUUUGUAUCUAUUUAUUUUGAGGUCGGGUAAAAAAAAAAAAAAAAAGCAAAAAAUGAGAGCUGCGAGCGAGGCUAGGAAAGAAGAUCGAAACACGAGCACUUCUUUUUCAGAGAGUGAGCCAAAAAUUUCUGAAACGCCUGCGAAUACUGGGGAUUCCGGAGAUGGAUCGAGUGCGGUUAACCAGGCUGUAGUGGAAAUGCUCAUACAUUUCGGGAAGGUGUUCCUCUACCUGUUCCCCGUGUACCUGGUAGGGUACCUGGGCUUGAGCAUCAGCUGGGUCCUGCUUGCCUUGAUGCUGUGGAUGUGGUGGAAAAGAAACAGAACAAGCAAAUUGGCCCGUUUUGCUGCAGCUGUGGAUUUUUUGGACAAUGAACGACAUGUCAUUACAGAAGGACUGAAGGAACUCAAUAUGCCUGCUUGGGUUCAUUUCCCUGAUGUAGAGAAGGCAGACUGGUUGAACCAGAUACUGGAUCAAGCCUGGCCUUACUUUGGGAUCUUUAUGGAGAAGGUAUUCCGUAACAGCAUUGAACCAGCAGUACGAGCGUCAAACAUUCACCUCAAGACCUUCACCUUCACCAAGAUCCACUUUGGAGAAAAGCCCCUCAAGAUCAAAGGAGUGAAGGCGUGCACCAAAGGACUUGACAAGAGACAAGUUAUCCUGGACCUGCAAAUCAGUUAUGUUGCAGACUGUGAAAUCAAUGUGGAGAUUAAAAAGAUAUGCAAAGCUGGAGUGAAAGGAAUGCAGCUUCACGGCACAUUGCGAGUCAUUCUGGAGCCGCUUAUUGGCCAGUCCCCCUUGGUGGGAGGAGUCACGUUUUUCUUCAUUAGACGACCACUUUUGGAAAUCAACUGGACUGGACUAACAAACUUACUGGACGUGCCAGGAUUAAAUGACAUGUCGGACGGUGCAAUUCUGGAUAUCAUCUCCUCCUACAUGGUUUUACCCAACCGCUACUGCGUCCCACUCAUCGACCAGGUGCAGCUGGCCCAGAUGAGGUUCCCUCUUCCAAGUGGUGUGGUAAGAGUUCAUCUGAUAGAGGCCGAAGACCUGGUACCAAAAGACACCUACAUGAUGGGAAUGGUAAAAGGCAAGUCUGAUCCAUAUGCAAAUCUGAGGGUCGGCACACAGAGCAAUCGUAGCAAAACCAUUAAGGAAAACCUGAAUCCCAAAUGGAAUGAAGUUUAUGAGUUUGUGGUGCACGAGGCUCCAGGGCAAGAUCUAGAGCUGGAGAUGUUUGAUGAAGACCCUGAUAAAGAUGACUUUCUUGGCAGUCUCGUCAUAGAACUUGGUGAGGUGAUGAAAGACAGAGUCGUGGAUGAGUGGUUCCCGCUGAGUGACAUAGAGAGAGGGAAGGUGCAUUUGAAGCUGGAGUGGCUUUCUUUACUGAUGGACCUGGACAGAUUGGUGGAGAAUAACCACAAUCUUUCAUGUGCGAUACUGGUUGUGUAUUUGGACAGCGCCUACAACCUACCUAGAAAUCACUUUGAAUACAGCAACAAUGAAUAUGGAAUGAAGAAGAAUAAAAAUCCCAAGUACCUUAAGUCAAAGAAGAGCAACGGAGAGCCAUCAGCACAUGUGGAAUUUUCCAUUGACAAAGAAUUGCAGAAAAGCAAGGUCUCUCGUUCAACCAAAGAUCCAGUGUGGGAGGAGUCCUUUACUUUCUUCAUCAAAAAUGUUCACUCUCAGUGUCUUACAAUCAAGAUUAAAGACGACGACAAGAAAUGUGCCCUGGGUGUUUUGUCAAUCCCCCUCAAACGCUUGUUGACUGCUGCAGAAAUGACCAUGGACCAGCGCUUCCAGCUGGAGCAUGCUGGACCCAACAGCAUGAUCAAGAUGAAAGCCAUGCUGAGGGUCCUUGCCAUGAAGGAGCCAGACCCUGACAGUGUCUACACUGGCCUUAACGCCUUAAAGAAAGGCCCAUUGUCAAUCAAAAAUAAGAGAAGCAGCAGAAAUGAGUCGUCUUCACCAACUGCACACCCAGCUUACCCACUACUCCCUACUCCGCCAUCACACCCAUCACACCCAUCACACCCAUCACACCAAACACACCAAACACACCAAACACACCAAACACACCCAACACACCCAACACACCCAACACACCCAGCUAACAGACUAAAUAGUGCCCUUUCCGAGGAUAACCUGGAGAGAGAGAGCAGCAGCCACAACAAUCUCAGACCCUCUUCCAACGGGGAAUCGAAGCCUAUGACGCCAGCAGCGCCAAUCAUGAGGACAUCCUCUGUGUCGCGGCCACGCACAAGAUUAGAUACCCAGAGUAUUGACUUGUCCAUUUGCUCUUCCCGUUUUGACCUCACAGAAGACCAGAUUCCGUUUCCAAAUGGAACAAACUACCAGGCUGGCGGUCUGGGAGAGAUACAGGUGACUGUGCGUUACGUACCCCAAAGGAAGAGUCUGACUGUACUUGUUAAUUCUUGCAGGAAUUUAAUAGCUGCCUCCCAGGGUGGAUCUGAUCCAUAUGUCCGGAUCUAUUUGUUUCCAGAAAGGAGCUGGUCCUCAAGGAAAAAAACAACUGUGAAAAAGAGAAGUGUCAACCCUCUGUUUGAUGAGAAGUUUGAAUACUCUGUACCUCUUGAAGAAGCCCAGAGGAGAAAGCUAGAUAUUGCAGUAAAGCACAACAAGUCAUUCACGUCACAUGAAAGAAAAGAACUUGGGAAGGUCUUGGUUGACCUUUCCCAACAUGAUUUGAUCCAGGGAUUUACACAGUGGUAUGAGCUGUCGAUGGAUGGACUGCAAAAAAGCUAAGAGAAGAACUCCUUGUGCCCAGAUAUCUCUGCAAGGACUUCAUUGAUACAGCUUUUUUUUUUUUUUCUUUACUCUGCUAAACUUUUGAUCUAAAUCAUUUAAUUAAUGAUUGAUAAAAUAUCCUCAAGUCCUAAUGUUGUACAUUUAAUUUCCCACCUCCAACAAAAAUAAUAAUUUAAUAAAUAGUACAGCCCAUGCUAAAAUGUAAUUGCUAGUCCAAGAUUACCAUAAAACGUUAUUGUUAAAACGGUUGUUUUGAAGCCCCAAUAUUAACCUCCUAACAUGGAUUUUCCUGAUACUUGCAAUAUUUCAGCAGUUUUUUGUGUGUGUGUAUAUGUAUCUGUCUGUACGUGUAUAUAUAUGUGUGUGUGUGUGUAUAUAUAUAUAUAUAUAUAUAUAUAUAUACACACACACACACACACACACACACACACACACACAUAUAUAUAUAUAUAUAAAUAUAAAUUAACUUAACAGAAAAUACCUGUUUCAUUUUGGUAAAAGAGUAGACCAUUGGCACCCACAUAUGUAACAUGUUAAAAGCUGUUUUUUGCCAAGCUAAUGUAGGAACACCAGUUCUUUUUUGAUGUGUCUCUUGUAUCUAUGAUGUAUAUUUAAGUAUUAUUUAGCCAUUUUCUACUUGUACAUAAGUGGUAAAAGGAUGCAAGUGUUGUAAUAUAUUGUAUUAAAAAAAAAAAUCAAAAAUGACAUUUAUAUUAAA